UUACUUUAUAAUACAAUGGAGUAAACUGAAGCAUGGACUUGGAUAAUAUACAAUUAAAUUAGUCAUAAGCUAAUCGAAUAGAAGGAAUACAAGACAAACGGCACAGUCCUAGAAAGGUCAAAAACAGCUGCCUUGUUGAGUUAGCAAAAUCUGAAAUAGUCCCAAAUUGUCACUUGGGACUCACUAUCAAGCAGGGGUAUUAUCAAUAGAUAUGAUGUUGGACUGUAGAUGGAGUGUACAUCUGAGGAAGCUGGUUACUAUAGCGAUCUACAUCCUUAUGGUAACCACACAGGGAGAUUCACAAGAUGCACAGAAAAACAAGAAAAAAGUUCGUCCCAAGUACAACUGUGUCUGUUACUAUACCAACUGGUCUCAGUAUCGCCCUGCACCCUGGAACUUCCUUCCUGAGAAUGUUGACCCCAUGCUUUGUACCCACAUUGCAUAUGCCUUCGCUGAUCUGGAAGGGAAUCAGUUGAAACAGUUACAGUGGAAUGAUGAAACAAUGUAUAAAAGGAUCAACAACCACAAGAAGAUCAACCCAUUCCUGAAGACAUUGCUGAGUGUGGGUGGAGCGAACCUAGACCUCACAAAGAUGACAGCCAUGAUGUCAACGUCAUCAAAUAGAGCAGAGUUUGUGGAGACAUCUAUUAAGUUUUUGAGGACGUGGCAGUUUGAUGGGCUGGAUCUUGAUUUUGAAUUCCCAGGAGCACAUGGGAGCCCUCCAGAUGAUAAGUACAGAUUUAGUCUCCUAGUGGCAGAUUUACGGAAAGGGUUUAAUGCUGAGGCAUUCCAGUUUGCCCGAACACCCCUGCUUCUCACUGCAGCUGUGGCUGCUGGCAAAGAUACCAUAGACAAUGGCUACGAGAUAGAGAAAAUUGCACCACAUAUGGACUUCAUAAACCUGAUGAGUUAUGACUUCAAUGGUCACUGGAGCAAUCAAACAGGGCACAAUGCACCAUUAUUCCCAACUAAGUAUGAUUUCAACUUGAAUAGGCUUCUCAAUGUGAACUGGGCCGCCAACCACUGGGCAAGAAAUGGUAUGCCUCGUCAGAAGAUAAAUGUUGGGAUGCCCGGAUAUGGACGCACUUUCACUUUGAAGAGCAAAGAACGUCUUGGACUGCGGUCACCUGUAAAUGGAGCUGGGAAAGCAGGAAAAUACACUAAACUUGACGGAUUCCUGUCCUAUUUUGAAGUGUGUAGGUUACUGAUGAGAGGUGGGAGUAGAUUCUGGAGCAAUGAACAGAGAGUUCCUAUUGCUAUAUUUGAGGACCAGUGGGUCGGCUAUGAUGAUCCUGAGAGCCUUAUGUUAAAGGCCCAAUGGGUUAAACGUAAUAGGUUUGGUGGAGUAAUGAUCUGGGCAUUGGAUCUGGAUGACUUCUUAGGGAGAUGUGGUAAUGAGAAAUAUCCUUUGCUAAACACUCUCGUUGACACACUUGAGUCUAAAGCGACAUCUUUACAACAUAAAAAGUAUUUAUUCACAUUUAUUGUAACAAGUUUAUGCACAUUAUUUAUAAUAAACAUUUCACAUUUAUUCUGAAAACAA